UGCAUAACAAUGUAUGGCUUGCUGUUAGACGGAUUACGUAAUUUCAUUGUAACUAAAUGGUCUUCAGAUAUAUGGGUAGAAAUAUGCAAACAAGGUGGAUCUCCAGAUUUACAAUUUGAAACACGUAAAAUUUAUGAUGAUGACCUGCUGCCAAGAUUAUUUGAAGUGUGUGCCACCGUGCUGAAUGAACCAAUAGAUGAUGUAAAAUAUGGUAUGGGGUUAACAUUUGUUGAAUAUGUUGGUAAUAAAGGCUAUCAAGGCAUAUUAAGAGUACUUGGUCGUGAACUACGUGAUUUUCUUAAUGGUCUUGAUAAUUUACACGAAUUUCUACGAUCAACUUAUCCAAGAAUCAAACCCCCGUCAUUUUUUUGUGUGAAUGAAAGUAAAACUGGUAUUACACUACAGUAUCGUUCACAUCGUCGUGGAUUUGUACCAUUUUUCUGUGGAUGGAUGACAGAAUUAGCCAAAAUUGUUUAUCAAAAAGAAAUGAGUAUUGAAAUUGUUGGACAUAAAGAUCGUGGUCAACAAACUGAAACAAUUCUACGGCUACAUUUUCAAAAUCUUUCAUUUUCAAAUGUUGAAGAAGAAUUACCCGUCCCAGCUAUUGUCUUUUUUGAAGCAUUUCCAUUUAAUUUUGUAUUUAAUCGUGGUAUGAAAUUAUUAAAUAUUGGCAGAAGUAUGGUGAAUGCAUUGCCCAACAUAGUUGGCAGAGAUGUCACGGAAAUAUUUCAAUUAUCUAGGCCUGUAAUACCAUUUACAUGGGAUGAUGUUAUGCUGCACACAAACAUUAUAUUCGAGUUAACAAGCAUUGAAGUACGAAAAGAUCCUGGUAUCAAUGGUGAAAUGAAGAAUGGAACAGAGGAAACCGAUGCUAAUCGAGGCAAAUUAAAACUUCGAGGUCAAAUGAAAUAUAUGUUUGAAUGGGAUGCUAUAGUUUUUCUUGGCACACCUAUUAUGCGUGAUGUGGAUUCUAUGCUGGAGAUAGGCUUAUAUUUAAACGAUUUAAGUAUGCAUGAUUCUAGUCGUGAUAUGGUAUUGGCUGGUGAACAACAAUCUGCUGAGUUGAAAUUAGCCUUAGAACAAGAAAGUGAAAAGAGUAAGAGAUUAGAAGAAAGUUUAAGAAGAUUAGAUGAGGAAAUGAGAAGAACAGAUGAACUCCUGUAUCAGAUGAUUCCUCGUUCUGUUGCACAACGACUUAGAGCUGGAGAAGCAGCUGUAGAUACAUGUGAGACAUUCGAAACUGUCACUCUGCUAUUGAGUGAUGUAGUUGGUUUUACAACAAUUUGUAGUGGUCUGGCACCACUAGAGGUUGUUAAUUUAUUGAAUAAGCUCUAUUCAGUUUUUGAUGGACUUACAGAGAAGCAUAAAGUAUAUAAAGUUGAAACAAUUGGUGAUGCCUAUAUGAUAGCUUCAGGUUGUCCAACACGUACAAAUUAUCAUGCUCCGUUUAUUGCUGAAAUGGCUCUUGAUAUGGUUGAAUCUGUCCAGAAUGUCAAAGAUGAGUCGAAGGAUCCACCAGAAAGCUUACGUAUACGCGUAGGUCUUCAUACAGGUCCAGCUGUUGCUGGUGUUGUUGGUGUAAAAAUGCCACGUUAUUGUUUAUUUGGCAGUACAGUGACAACUUCAGAAAUAAUGGAACAAACAAGUUCACCACAAAGAAUACAAGCCAGUAUAAAAACUUAUGAAAAUCUCUCACAGUAUGGGGUAUAUGAUUUAGUAGAAAAGGGAAUAGUUGAAUUAAAGGAUGGUGGUACAAUAUUAACCUACUGGUUAAAUGGUAGACGUGAUGGAUCGGAAUGUGAAAAAACAGCGAAAUUUUUGAGUGAAUUAGACGCUGAACGAGAGAAAAUCGCUGAUUCGAAUUUAGCUUCAGCACAACAACGUUCUGGUGAAAGUUGGGAGUCAGUGACAGCUAGUCGGUGUAGUUCAGCUAGAACCCUGGCGUCGAAACGCAGUUCAUUCUGUUUGUCCCAGCGUGGAAGUUUAGCUGAUCCAGGUUUGGAUAAUAAAGCGAUAGCAAGAAUUAGAAGUUUAGCUCAAGGUAGUGAAAUGAAUAAACGUCCUAGUAUGGCAAGAUAG